AUGGAUGGAGGAGAACAACAACAAAUACCACCACGUCUUUCUAUGAAACUAAAUCAAAGUUUUUUGUAUGAUCAAAACCAAACCUUCAGUCCUAGACGGCAUUCUUCAGCCUCAACUAUGCAACUUUCGGCUCCAACAAGUCCUGAAUCUCCUUGGACACUUUCACCACUUGUUCAUCCUUCACCUUCGCCAACUUUACUUUACCAUUGUGUCGCUUCAUUGCACCGUCGCCAGGGAACUGUAUACUCAAUUGCGGUAUCUAGAGGUAUAAUAUUCACCGGUUCUGAAAGUAGUCGUAUUCGUAUAUGGAGACAACCGGAAUGUAUUGAACGUGGGUGUCUCAGAACAAGUUCAGGUGAUAUCCGUGCAAUAUUAGCUUAUAGUAACAUGCUUUUCACUACACAUAAGGAUUACAAAAUCCGAGUCUGGAGAAUGUCAGGAACAGAUAAUAUACAACCUAUGAAAGUCACAACUUUACCUCGAAAUAGCUCGUUUCUUUCGUUUCGAAGAACGUCUACUCAACAAGCUCAUAAAGAUUACAUUUCUUGCAUUGCUUAUUACCAUGCUGAAGGUAUACUAUACACAGGCUCUUGGGAUAAAACUAUUAAGGCUUGGAAUGUUUCGGAUAAGAAAUGUAUUGAUUCGUUUGUAGCUCAUGAAGAUAAUAUCAACUCAAUUCUAGUGAAUCAAGAAGAUGGUUGUCUAUUCACUUCAUCUUCAGAUGGGUGUGUCAAGAUAUGGAGGAAAUCAUUUGGUGAGAACUCACAAAAUCUCACAACCACACUGAAUAUCCAUAACUCACCUGUCAAUACUUUGGCAUUAAGUUCUUCACCUAAUUCUUUCCAUCUGUACUCGGGUUCCUCAGACGGUUCGAUCAAUUUCUGGGAGAAAGAUAGAGUUUCGGGUAGGUAUAUUCACGGAGGAUAUUUACCCGGUCAUCGAUUCUCCGUUCUUUGUUUAGUUGCUAUAGAGAAGUUGGUGUUCAGUGGAUCAGAAGACACGACUAUCAGAGUGUGGAGGAGAGACGAAGAAACGAAUUUUCACGAGUGUUUAGCUGUGUUAAAAGGUCAUCGAGGGCCGGUGAGAACUCUGGCUGCUUGCUUGGAGAUGGAAAAAGUUGCAAUGGGGUUCUUAGUUUACAGUGCAAGUUUGGAUAGAACAUUAAAAGUAUGGAGAGUGAAGGUUUUUCCGGGCGAACAGACGAAUGCUACAAAUGCAGAGGAGUCGGCAACAACUACAAUAUGUUAUGAUCACCGGAUGUCUUCCAGUACCAGGGAGUGCGAAAUGAGUCCAGUUUUAUCUCCGGCGUGGGUUGAAAAGAAGCUCCAGGAUAAACAUUUGCGGUAGAACCAAAAUAAGAUGAAUAAAAGUCAAGACUAGCUGAUUUGA